GGCCACCGUCCUUUUCACAUUGGCUCUGGGUGGCGCACGGGCUUUUGCCAAGGAGGUCAUGAUCAUCCCAGAGCCAGAGGAGAUCAUCGUUGGCGAAGUGGUGCAGUUCAACGCAAGUGCAGGGUAUGGCUUCAUCAAGCCGACAGUCGACUCGGUGUUCCAGCAGGAUGUUUACUUCAACAUCAAGGACUUGUCACGGGCACUGUCGGAUGAGGAACGAGGAGGUCUGACCGGGCAGACAUGCCGCUUCAACUUGCGGCUGACGCCCGACAAUAGGCCUCAAGCUCGCCGCGUUGAGCUGGUGGGUGCUGCCUUCGCCGGCACUUCAAGCAGAUUCAGCUACGAGCCUCCGCAGGCAGCAGCUCCGGCCGGCUUCUCUGCAGGCGCAGGCGGCAUGGCCAUGGGCGUGCCGGACGACUACGAUUCGUCAAAGUUUGGAGGCGCUGCGCCGGCUCAGACAAAAACGCGCUUCAGCUACGAGGCACCGAAUACGACGAGCACAGUCUCCGGUUUUCACUCAGGCCUUAAGGAGUUUCUGGUCUAG